AUGGCCUUUUCAUCAUCAGUGCACGCGUCACAAUAUGUGAAUGAUGUAGGAGUGCGACGCUACGGAGAUUUCCACCUAUGCCAAAGAAGUAUUCAGCUUCGAUUGAGGGAGAACUCCAUCAGCUACGGUGGAAUAGAUUGCGUGCCGCAAGACUUAACGCUGCAAGAACUGAUAGAAGUGCUUGACAGGAAGAAGAGAGAGCCACACGAUUACGUCGAGAUGGAAGAAAGUUGGGCUGGUGAAGGCAAUUAUUUCGAGAAUGAGCCACCGCAGCAGCAAAGUGCAAGAAUGACGGCAUAUGAGGAAUUUACCAACUCCGACAUGGCCACGCGAGCUCGGCUCUGCUUAGAAGGGUUUGAACGGAUAGAAGGGGCAGAAGCAAUGCGGCUGGGAUUCACGGCAGUGCAGUUGCAGGCCGAUCUGACGCGUGUGCAGCUAUCACAAACGAGGCGAACGAUGGAUGUUACAAACACUGCGCUUCCGGAGUCGACUCUUCUGAAGGUCGUCUCGACAAAUUGCUGCAAAUGCUGGCUCAUCCUGAACAACGCCGCUAGCGACUGGAUACCUAGACCGAGAGACUGUACCUACCAACAAAUCACCUCGCUUUACCGCUCUGUUCUGCAACUGACUGAAGAAGACGCUAUGAGUCUGGGCCAUGAUGAAUUGCGGAAGGGAAAUUCGAUCGACCUUGUUCGAUCAAAAUUUUAUCAAGGCCUGGGAAGUAACAACGCCGAGAGAAACGAGGAGCUUGAGCAAAUGACCAGGGAAAGGGCGAAAUGGCGACUUUGCCUAUACAGGUCGCUACAAAAAGCUCUGGGAUACAUCCGAGCCUAUAUCUACGAUGAAGUCGCGGGAAGUGGAAGCCAAGCAGUCGUCAGAAGAGAGUGUUACAGUCGAUGGAAAAUGCUACAUCACAAGCCGAUCUAG